AUGUCUCAGGAUAUUGAAAAUUUAAUACCUACAAGUAACAUAGUUAAGCAAAAUGAUUGUGUGAGAGUAAUUAAUAAGCGCAAGAAUGCAGAAUUCACAGAAACAAAUAUUGAAUGCAUAAGAGUUUUCAAUUCCAUUAAUAAUCAAGUGCAGUAUCAAAACAAUAAUAUUCGACAGGCUGUAUGCUUAACAAUUGAGGAUAUAAAAAGAUCUAGUCAAGAACAAAGCUGCUGGAAGUUCCAUAAUAUCAGUUAUAGAAAUGUCUUAAUAUACGGGAAGAUUGUGAUACAAAACGAAACAUCCAGAGACAAUAGAUCAUUUUAUACACUAAUUAUAGACGACGAGACUGAAAGUAUUGAUGGAUAUUUAAAUAAAUACAAUCCAAAGACACAAGAUCAAAGUGAUAUGAGAAUAAAUGCGAUUGCUAAAGGAAAAUCGACUUUAGAGAGACGAAAGGAAACUGGAAUUAAAUUAAAUGGACAGUAUUAUCCAUCAGAAUCGGAAGAAUGCCAAUCAGUUAUUAGUAAUCUUAAGAAACUACAAAUUAUGGUGGAAAAGAAUUUAAAGAGCAGUGAGAGAAAGUUCCAAUUAGGUCCAUUAAAACAAAAAGCGCUAGUUUAUGGAACUCCAAUUAUGAGAUAUGACUCAAUUCGACUGAAUAUCUUUGAUAUAUCAUUGGAUGACGAGUUGGAUCUAGUUUGGAAGCAAAAUAUUAAUAGAUUGUAUAGUGAAAUGUACUUUAAGUAA